ACAAAAAUAAUUCGCAAAAGAAGUUGGACUUAAUUUCAUUACCGAAGUGAAUAAAUCGAAUGGAAAUUAUUUAUAAAAAAAUGAGAGUUAUAUUUGUUACGUCAGCAUUGAUUCUCUUCUUGGUCUUCUUGGAAAAUGCUGAAGGAAAAAUGAAUUUUCAACAACUAGAGAAUAUGGCUAAAGGUCCAAAAAAAUCGUGUCAGAAAUCGACUGAAUGUCCCCAAGAACUAUUAGAAGCUGGAAAAAAUGGACAGUUUUCACCGGUACGAGAAUUUCAGUGUUUCUUCAAGUGCAUUUUCGAUAAGAUGAAAGUGAUGAAGAAUGAUCAAAUUUCAUGGCCAGCUAUGAACCAACAAUUGGAGCUCUUGUUAAAUCCGGAAUUAGCAGAAAGAUUUGCUGUUGCGAUAGAAGCAUGCCAAUCAAAAGCAAUAAGUGAAGAUAUGUGUGAAGCUACAUACCAAUUCGCGGUGUGUUUAUGGGAACACGAUAGUUCGCUUUAUUUCUUGUCAUGAAGUUCCAAUAAAUCCGAAGAUUCUAGCAACUAGAUGAACAGACAUAACAGAAAUUAAGUAAUAAAUGUAUCCUAGGAGAACUAGUGAUAAUAUAGAUACCAUCCACAAUAAUUUAUAUAAACGGAUAUAAUUAGUAUACAUCUAAUAAUUUUCUAAAGCUAAAAAUGGAUUAUUUUGAUUAGUUUAAUUUCCUUUAAGUUUUAUAUUACACAACAUAGAAAACAAUAUAAAGUGUGGCACAUA